UCUACACCUAAUAUCUGUGCUCAUUAGCAUUACGUUAUUUCUCGAAUGCAUGUCUUGUGAGUUGUUGUUGAAAAAACAACGAGAAGUGCAGGCAGAAAUGUGAAUAAACAGUGUCACGUUACGAAUAUUUCGUUUAAAAUGUAUCGUAAAAUUGUGUGGUGUUACGUAUUUGUGUUGACCUUAUUGGAUAUUUCGUUAAAGACCAGACUGUCGGCCCAAGGAAAGAGUCAUGGUGUCACACUACAUGAUUCUCUGAUAGAAGGGAUCAGUUUUCAGGAAUGGGGGAGCGAGGCAGGCGACAGUAAGCGCGGUGCCGAGGGGAUAUGGCUGCAGCCGCCGAGUUUGGAGUUCGGGCGCGCCGCGCUGGCCGAGCCGCACGCGCGCCGCGUCACCCUUACCAACCUCGCCAACACCACCAUACACCUCGCCUCCGUGGCCGGCACCACACCUGACUUCCAUGCCUCAUUCUUUGAGUCAAAGACACUGGCGCCACAAGCCAACACGACGUUCAGUGUCGUGUACCUGGGCCGGCACGAGGGCCCGGCCUCCGCCCACCUCUACAUACACACCUCGCUCGGAGUGUUCAAGUACCCCGUGUCGGCGGAGGGCGUGGCCAGCGAGUGGGGCGUGUGGCCGCUGGUCGGAGUGCGCGUCCCUCUCAACGCGACGGUGGAGCCUCUCCUCACGCUGUACAACCCCACGGCGCACCCCGUGCAGGUGACCGAGGUAUAUUCGUCGGGCUCGUGGCUAGGGCUGUCCCUGGCGGGGGGCGGCACGGGGGCCGCUCGUGCGGCCUGGCUGGUCCCGGCCGGCGCCUCACGAGCCCUCGUGCGGCUCCGCGUGACGCCCGUGGGGCCGGCUCUGCAGACCGCAUACAUCCGCGUGCGCACCAACGGCACCGGGGCGCCGCUCGUGCUGGCCGUGCAGGCGCGCGCCGUGCCGCCCGGCGAGCACCUCGCGCCGCUGCACCUGUCGCUCGCGCCCCGCGGCUCCGGCGACCCGCCCGACACGUUCGAGCUAGAAGCGGGCAACAGCUUGGGCAGCUCGGUGACAGUGGAGGGUGCGGUGUGGGGUGCGACUUGCGGGGACGCGCCCCCUUCCCCGGAACGCCCCGCGCCCCCUCCCGCACACAAUGGACAGAACGACAAGUCCACCACUAAUGGUAAAAGAUCCGACGGCGUGUAUUUGUCGCUGGAGACUUCGCGUCUGGAGCCGCACCAGCCGCUGCGCCGCGUGGGCCGCGUGACGUUGGACUACGGCGAGAUGUGGGCGGCGGCGGCGGGCGCGGCGGCGGCGGGCGUGGCGGCGGAGGGCGCGGCGCGGCAGGCGUGGUGCGGCGGCUGGCUGCGCGUGGGCCGCGCGCGCGCCCGCUACUCCGUGCGCGUGCUGGCGGGCACGCUCGCACUGCACCCGCCCCGCUUGCUUUUUAUUACAGCGGACGAAAAGAAAGCCUUGGAAGAACGUGAAAUUCGCGUUCACAACGAGUUCCCGGUGCCCCUCCACAUCACCGGGCUGCACUACCCGCCGGAAGUACUGGAGCAUUUCCACCACGAGAGCGCGACGCCGCUGGUGCUGGGCGCGGGGGAGCAGGCCCGGCUGGGCUCGCUGCGGCUGCGCGGCCUGCAGCCCGGCCUGCUGCUGGACGCCAACGUCACCGUGCGCACCAACCUCACGCACUACACGCUGCCGCUGCAUCUGUACUCCGGCCAGCUUCUACUGGAGUGGGAGUGGCCGGCCGAGCACAGCAGCGCUGAGGAGCUGCGGCUGGGCGCCGUGGGCACGUCCACUCGCACCGUGGUGUGGGCGCGCCUCCGCAACCCCGGCCCGCGCCCCCUGUGCGUAGUGGAGGCGCAGGCCGACCUGCCCGGCGUGUCCGUGUGGCUGGCGGACGGCGCGUGCGUGGCGCCCCGGCACGCCGCCCGCGCGCGCCUCACCGUGCACGCGCCCGCCCGCCCCGCCGCACUGCGCGGCCGCCUGCGCGUGCGCACCGAGCACGCGCUGCACGAGACGCGCCUGUCCCUGCGCGCGCUGGCCGGCCGCCUGCUGGUGCACCCGCUGCACUUCGGGUACGCGGCGCCCUACGUGUGGGCGUCGGCGGCGCUCGUCCUAGAGAACAGCAUGUCGGUGGGCAUGCGGCUCGUCAACGUGUCGCGCCCGGAGCCCGAGCCGGCCGUGUGGUUCGUGUCGGAGGGCGGCGGCGCCGAGUGGUCGGGGCGCAGCGCCGCGGGCCGCGUGCUGUUCGCGCCGGAGCGCCUGUGCGCGCCGCGCUGCUACACGGGGCUGGACCUGCGCGAGCCGGAGGGCGCGGCGUGGGCGGCGCGGGGUGCCGGCGGUCUGGAGGCCGACGCCGCUCUGCACGCCGCGCGGUUCGCACAGUACGCCGCCCUGGCGCACACGCACGUCAACAUCUCGCUGCACGUGCACACGGACCAGGUGGUGCAGGCGCGCGCGGCGGGCGGCGCGGGCUGGGCGUGGCCGCGGGUGGCGGCGGGGGCGGGCGCGGCGGCGGGGGCGGCGGGCCCGGCGCCGCUCGGUGCGGCGACCACGCUGCGCCUGCGCGCGCGCAACCCGUCCGCGCUGCCGCUGGUGCUGCAGCCGGUGCUGGCGCCCGUCGACCUGCGGCUGACUGAUGCUGUAGAAUCUCCGCACUGUAAGAGUGAACAGUGCGUGUGGACCCACGACGCCUUCGCGCUCAGCGAGUGGAGGAGCACGCGGGGACUCGCGCGGGAGUGGAGCCCGGGGGAGGGGGGCGCACCUCCCCGCCCUGCCGCGCGCCCCUCUCCUCAAGUCCUGCCGCCGCUCCUGCUCGCGCCCGAUGCAGAGGUCGAGCUCAAGAUCACGUUCACGCCCGACGUAGCCGCCGCCCUCACCACGUACCUGUACCUCAGAAACAAUUUAACGAUAAUCGAAGGCGUGCAGCUGUGGGGCCGCGGCGCGCACCCGCGGUUCGAGCUGGCGGGCCGCGCCGCCGGCAGCCCCGCCGCGCUGGUGCUGGAGCUGCGGGACUGCGCCCCCCAGCCGCUGCGCCGCGCCGUGUCCGUGCGCAACACGGGCGACGUGCCGCUGCGCCUGCACGACUGGCGCGUCGCCGGCCGGCCCUGCGAGGCGCGCGGCUUCCGCCUGUCGCCCUGCGCCGCCCUCGCCCUCGCGCCCAACGAGUCGCGCGCCCUCCACCUCGCCUUCUCGCCCGACUACACGCUGGCGCGCGUGGCCGCCCGCCUCACGCUGCGGGUCGAGCACUCCACCGCCGAGUUCUCUCUGCUGGCGGUGGCGCCCGCCGCCCUCCUGCCGCGCUGCCACUCCGCCCUGCUGCGGCCGCCCUUCGACUCCACCAUGCGCACCACCGGCACGCUGCUCGCGCUCGCCGUGUUCGUGCUCGUGCUCGCGGCCGCCGCCAUCGACGCCGAGCGGGAGCUGCGGCGGUCCCGGCCCCCGCGCCUCUCCGCCCCGCCGCUCAGGGCGCCGCUCGACCUGCGCGCGCUCGCCGCCGAGCCCCCCGCCCCCGCGCCGCCGCCCCCCUGCCUCCCGCCGCGCCCGCCCGCGCGCCGCCGUCGGACGGCUCGUCGGCCGCCCGUCCCGUCGGAUCCACAAGCCGAACGUCGGGCCUUCGAGCGUUGGCGCUCUAACGUGUUGCGUUCUGCCGAAGACGAGGACUCCCGAUCGAGCGAGGACGCAGAGCCGGACCGCGGUCCCUCCGGUUCCUCGGAGAAUGCGCCCGCCGUCAGCGCCGAGACGCCCACGGCUGCCGCACUCGAGAUGACGAACGACGGGUACGAAGCCGACCCCGAAACCGAGGAGCGACUGGUCGGCAGCGACGAGGAUCUCGGCUCCACCGCGACCAUAUCCACGUCUUCCGCCUCUUCUUCAUCUUCUUCGUCUUCAUCUUCCCCUGUGGAGGAACGAGAACCGGUCGACGACGAUGACGUCGGCGGUCGCGAAAAAAGAUCGUUGAGCGAUACGCCCGUCGGUGCGGACGGCGAUCCCCUCGUCGAGGUCACGCCGAAACGUCGGUCGCCGCUGCGGCCCGAGGACGCGCGGGAGGGUCGGGAGGAGCGCCGGCGCCGGGAGGGAGGCGACGCUGCUCGCCGGGAGCGCGACCGCCCGCGCCGCGACUCCGAUGGGGCCAUCGUGCGGCCGCGCCCCGUUGGACCAAAACACCACGCGCGAAGGGAAAAAUCAUCCAAACGACGGUGCGAACGAGCACCCGCCUCCCCCGGACCCGUGGGCGCGCGGGCGAGCCCCGCGGCAGCAGCGGGGGGGCUUCGGUGGGGCGCCUCGUGGAGCUCAGUGGUGGCGAGAGGUGGGGGCGCAGGCCCGGAGCCGGCCCCGCUGCCCCCUAUCGGCUCCGACGUCCGACGCCGCCCCCCUCCUGCAGACAACUCGCUAUUCUACUUCAACGGCGAGCAGAGCGUGGUCCCGCGCCCCGACGCGGACUUCGCGUGGCGAGCCUCCCCGCCCGCCGACGCCGCACCGUUCGUCUCCCCUCCGAACGAUCCCUAUCUUGAAGAGUGUGCGGGGGUGAGCUCUGGGUACGGCGGGGUGUGGGGCGGCGCGUGGGGGUGGGGCGGCGCGGCCCUCCGCCCCCCGCCCGGCUUCCCCGCGCAACCCGCGCGAGUCUACGACCCCUUCAGUUCGCUGGCCGCCAUCUGGGCCCCGUCCGCCCCCCUGUGGUCCCCCGGGACGGACGCGCCCCAACGCCCCGAACGGUCACCACCUAAAGUCCCCGGCGCUCCUCUGGACCGAAAUUCCGACAACUAAACGCAACGCUGUGAAAAACAACGGAACUCUAGAACAAAUAAAAAUACUUUACCUCUUGGACUCUCGACGUGAUCUUCGUCCCGGCUUCAGACGGUCUGAACUGAGAUUUUCGGUUUUGACUUUAAUUUAUGUAAAGAAAAUACAUACAAAACGUUGUGCCCGUGACGGGAAGUAAAACAUUCUUUAUCCUACUGAAAAUAUCAAGGUUCGUGCAAGUUAACAUGUAUGUGAACUGUAGUGUGUGUGCUCCGGACGCUCGGCGGCGCGCUAGUCACUGUCCGCGUCGCCGCUCGGCCCUGCCAUGUCAAUCACUCUCUUACACAGUUUAGAUAAUAUGGAAACAGCAAACACCAGAUCUGAAUAAUGAACAAAGUGUAUGUAUUAAUGCCUUCCUAUGCGGACGCGGGCUGGGCGAUGCUCGCUUACAAUCAGUUGAGAUAUAACAUACUACGCCUGAUUGUACUUAAUGGGAAAUGUAACAAGCUUUAUAUUUGUGUGCAUUGUACACAUGUUCCCUAAAUGAUGUCUGUUUAAGACUGAAUAAACUCUUUGUCAAAA